GUCAACAAAACAAUUUACGUUUUAAAAUGAGCGAAACUGGAGAAGAAACGCCAGGAAGACGGGCGAUCGAAGUGAUGAAAACCGUCCACAAAGACCUAGUGUUUAAAAAACCCAUUGGCACAGUUCGUAAAAAGAAAAAACAGAAGGUUUUGGACGACGAUACCUAUGUAGAUGAAAUGGGCAAAAUAAUACAAAGAGACUUCUUUCCUGACUUGGAGAAACUUAAGGCGCAAAACGAUUAUCUGGAAGCCAUGGAAAAGAAUGACACGAUCAAACUGAGGCAGCUACACAUGAAAUACAGUGGGAAAAAGCCGCCCAGUCAAAGAAUGCCUUCACCGGCCACUUUUGAGACACCAGCACACCUGCACAACCAGUCUGAUAAUGAUGGUGAGAGCGUGAUUAACUGUGAUAACAACGAGAAAAGCGAGAAGAAGCUGAGUCUGGAUCAGUAUUUGAACAGUCAUACGUCACAAGACAAUGAGAGUUUUGAGGAAAUACUCACUGAGUCGGCCAAGAAACACAGACAGAAAUACUCAUAUUUGUACAAUGAAGAGGAGAAAAGUGUGGAGGAAAACAAGAAGUUGCUGGCGUUGCCCUCAAUUGAACAACAAUGUGCUUUGCCUGAGAAGAAACUGGAUGUUGACACAUGGACAUACAAAAAUAAAAAUUAUAUAAUGUAUGUGCCUGAUGGGGUCGAAUUAUCAGAGGAGCAAGUAAAGGAAAUUAAUAAUAAAAGGCAACAAAUCAACCACACUAACACCAGACUGGUUAAUAAUCCAUUUAAUGAGGUACAGAGCAAAGAAACCAUCAAUGAACUGGCGAGGACUCAGGCGAAAGUUUUGGACGGUAAAAUUGGCGUUGAUGGCAAAGAAAUCCUAAAACCAGACACGCCGAAAGUUCAAGGAUAUAACUUCAUCCGCAGUCCGUCUCCUUGCCCUGGUGUGAUGGACAGCCCACUUAUGACAUGGGGAGAGAUCGAAGGCACUCCAUUCCGAUUAGAUGGCGGCGACACACCUUUACCCAGAUCACAGGGUCCUAGUUUUAAAAUGGCAGAGCCUCCGAGACGGGAACAAUUACUCUUCGCCUUGGCCGAGAAAGUUGGGGAGAAAAAUCGUGACCAGAAGAAACGGGCCAUUGAAGCUGCACGACGACAGUUCACGACGCCUUCUCCUCGGAGACCGGGAACAAUCGACCGUCUUUCGACGUUGUCGCCCGCAGCUAGAAAACUGGCGACUGCAAAACUUAAGCUGGGUGUUAAUUCGGAUUUGUUAUCUAGUUAUUCGCCUAGUCCCUCAAUGAAAACACCCCGUACCCCAACUCCCAGAAGGACGACGACGCCCAAACCUAACCUGGGGGUUAAAAAGACCACCACCGAAGUAUCUACUGAUGAUUUGUUGAAAAUUAGUUUGCCCAAAAGAGCGAAGGCUUCCGACUUUUUUUAACAUGUAUAAAUUAUUUAUAUUAUAUAUAAUUUAUGUUAUUUAAUAUGGUCUUAUAUUUUAUAAGUCGAACAUUAUUUGUGUAAAUAUUAAAUAAUUAUAGUUA